AUGCGUCAUAUACGUGGCAGCCCCCCUUGUGGGAACCCACCAGUGCACCCUAUGAAGACGAUGAAGAAGAAGAAGGAAGAUCGGAUCUAG